AUGAUAAACGAAUUCUUAGAUUUUUGUCAAAAGAAUGAUGGACAUGAAAGAAAUAGACACUUGCCAGCAAGAAAAAAAUGGAAAGAAGUCGAAGAUGAAUUAUUAUUAAAAGCAAUAAGAAAAUAUGGAACUUAAUGGACUAAAAUUUAAGAUGAGAUUCCAUCUAAAGACUCUAGAUAAUGUUAAGCAAGAUGGAAAAUACUUAAACAUGUAUAUAUAAUUUAAUAAUAUAAAUAGAAAGAAGAAACAUUAAUGAGAUUGGAAGCUUUAGCAAGAGAAGAAUUAUCUGAUAAAGAUAACUACUUAUAAAAAAUGAAGAAAUAAUUGAAAUAAAGGAAAGAAAUACCUAGAAAAUAUAAUCCUAAAUUUGAUUAUAAUGAAGAUUCUUCAAGUGAAUCUAUGCAUUUAUAACAAUUUUAAGAAGCAUUAGCUAAAUAACCAAAUAAAUUAUUACAAAUUCAAUAAUAAUAAUAAUAAUAAUAAUAAUAAUAAUAAUAAUAGAAAAGAGAAUAAUAUUAGAAAUAAGUAUAAAAUUAAUAUCAGAAUGUUUGGAAUGCAAUGGAUGAUAAAAUGUUAUGGACAGCUUAUAAAAUAUACAAAGGAGCAUGGAAUCAAAUAACUCCUAGAUUUUAAGAGAAAAAUCCUCAAAGCUGUAUAGAUAGAUAUUAAUAUGUAAUUACAUAAUAAUUAUUAUAAAUAGUUGUUGUAAUAAAAGAAAAUUAAAUUGUAGGAAGAUGUUUCAUCAGUUGAUGUAAUAUCAUCUGUAAAUGAUUUGAAUAGUUCAUAAGAAGGAUCUGAAUAAUUUGAUAUCUCUGCUAGUGAAGAUGAAGAUUCAACAGAUUUAUAAAGGUCUGAUUGCAAAACAUUAUAAACAAAAUAAUAAUAAUAUAAAGGAGUUUACACAAUAUAACAAUGUCAUACAAAUAUAGAAAGAAUUUUGAAAUCAUUUUCCAAUCAUAAUUUAGAUACUCUACCUGGUAUACGUGAAUCGAUAGUCAAACUCAUAUUGACAGAUUGA